GCAAAGAUAGAAUGAAUACGGUGAUGAUAUAUGGAAACUUCAUUUUAAAAAUUUACCUUUCAGGUGGGAUGCACACAUUUUUGCAGACGUUUUGAUCCUUGAGCAUCCUCAGAUGGUCCUAUGAUGAUAAGUUUGAUACAUAAUUGGUAGUCUUUGCUGCAUUGUUUCAAGACCCUGUAGCACGCCAGUGUUCUAGUCAUGAAUGACAAUACAAUCCAGACACAAGAGCUCACCCUCAUUCCAGGAUUUGAAAGCCUGGGUCUGCGUGUCAAUCCACAAACAAACAAAUUACAAAUAAAAUACAAGAAGGCAGUCCAGUUUGACAUCUAUAAGCACCAGUCUGGACCUCACAGGAGUGCCCUCCUCAACCUCAGGGCCAUUUUCGAGUAUCAAGAUGGCGACAUCUACAGGAGCAUUGAACUGUUUGAAAAAUCCUGCAAACUCGACCCGACCAACCUCAAUGCUCUAGCAAGCUUGGAGUAUGUUUAUCGAGAAGUGGGUGUCUCUAAGAAGGCAGCAGAAUAUAGAAAAAAACUAGAACAGUGGCUGGGAAACCCAACCUGCCGAGCCAGGUGUUUCUUUGAACAGGGCUACAUGAUAGCAUUUGAUGUUUUUGUUGAAGCUCAGGGUGUGACUGGGAUACAGGCCCAUGCUUACUACUUGAAGGCAUUGGAGAUGGUGCACAGAAAAGAAGUGGUCAUAGAUCGCAGAGAAUUAUUAGAAUGGUGCUUUUAUGUGGCACAUAAUUUAAUCCACAUUAUUAAGACAGAGGCAGUUAUGCACAGUAAGUCUGAGAAAAAUAAGUUACACUGCCUUGCCCUAAAACUGUUCCAUGCGGUCACGUUCACAAAGGAUGAUAAUUACAAAGCACAAGCCUGGGCAAGUAUUGCACAUCUGCUGAGUAGUAGGUGCAUUAGAACUGUAUCUUCAAGCCAGGAGGUGCAAAAUCAUAAUUCAAAGGGGAAGAAAAAUCCCCAGAAGACUGAGCUUUCUCCAAGCAAUGUAUCACAACAGCAAUGUAAGUCUGUGAAGAGCCAGUUUAGCAAAGACCCAAAUGCAACUGCAACAAAGUCAAAUGUGAAGUCCAAGCCACUGAACCAGCAAAAUAGUAAAGAUAACAUACAGAUGAAAUUCCUGGAGGAAUUUUGUGAACAAGUUUACAGUAAUGUCCUCGGUUUAUCAGCUCAAGAACAUCUGCCUGAAGAGAAUGGAGCUGCUUCAGGACAGUCCUCAGAGCAAGCCACAGACACAGACAGGAGUAAAAACAAACGCGAUAAACAAGAGGCUCAAUCAUCAGCUGUUCCAAAGCAAAAAUACCAUAGACAGCAUGGUCAUAUUAAGGUCCCCCCUGGCUUAAAAGAACUGGGGUUGGUUAAAACUCCUUACUUUGAGAACAAGGAUGAGUUCUGCAGAUGUGUCUCUGGAUUCUUUGAGAAAGCUAGAAGUUAUGCCCCGUCCUACACAAAUAUCCUCAACAGAUAUGCUCAUUUUUUAUGGCAUAUUGGCAAAGAAGAUGAAGCCAUGGAAAUACACGAGGAGUCGAUUGAAAUUGAUAAGUGUGAAAGCAAUUGGUUUGCCUUUAAAUCCAUGGGGGAAAAUCUGAGAAAGAAAUAUAAGGAUGAAUGGUAUGAUAGAGUGCACCAAAAAAGUGAUGAAAACCCAAGGAUUGAAUUAGCACUUAAAGCAAAAGAGAAACUUGAAAUUGCUGUCCAGCACAAUCCUAAUCCCCAGGACUAUGCUUGCUUGGCAGAGACCUGUCAUUUUUUGGGCAUUGACACAAAUAGACGAGUGACAGAUGAAAAAUUGCUUCUGAAGGCAGUUUACUAUUUCAAGUAUGCCUUAGAUAAUUUACAAGGAGGAAGAAUCCCAAUGUUGCAUCAUUUGCUAGGGCUGUGCUUGCUUGAUCUGGGGGAAAAAAGAAAUGCUCUGGAAUCCUUUAAGAAUGCUCUGCAGUGUCAGGAACCAAACAGCACUUACACAAUAUCUUUCCGAUGCAUGAUGCUUGUACUUUUACAGAUUUGCAAGAGUGCAAAGACAAAGGGAGAUAAUAGGACUUACGACACUGCACUACAAGAGCUGAGACACUGGUUGAUUGAAGGCUGUCGUCCGCACAGAUAUUCAGAGAAAGAAUUGCGGAAGGAAAUUUCAGAGUUGUGGGGUCCUAGAAAAGAACCAUUUGAGCCUGAUAUUUUGACUAAGUUAUGUAUUAAACUGAAGACUGGGAAACAAGAUGAACAAAAUGUGUCUUCUUUGCUUGAAACGGGACUUAAAACGUGCAUUGACAAGUAUCCCAAGCAACCUGCCCCCACAGCAGUCUCUGAACCAGCAGAGAGAGAUGAUCUUCAUGUUUCCCAGCUUAGGACUUGUUUGGAGAAAAUACAGUUGGCCCCCACUCCCAAAGCAGCCAAACCAGUUAGUAUGCCAGGGGCAGCUGUAGAUGUCCAGGAAGUAGUGAUUAGAUCAAGUCAAACAUCACAGGAAGUACUGAAGGAAGCUCAUCCAACCUCACAGACAACCCAUGGAGGUGGCGAUGAAAAUGCCCUAGCUGUGUCACAGGCAGUGCCGCAAGCUUUAGACCCUAACUCUGUUAAGACUUCUUUCAUCCAAGAAGAAGGCAGAUCAUUGGAAGAGACAGGUGGAAGCAUGUUGCCAUCAGAGACGCCGCCUAAUCUCUUGCCUCCAGACAGCAAUGAAGGUGGCACACAUAGACCAGCUUUGGCUGAAUCUGAAUACGCGUCUUCUUCACAGCAAGUAGAACCUCUCACUGACAUUGUAAGGACUGGUGACCCAGAGGCGGAGGAUUCAUUACAACAGGAAAGAAGAGAAGUACACAGCAACACGCUUACUGCUAACACACCAGCAAAAUCUGAAGAAAUACGUGAAAAAACCGACAAAGCAAUUCAGUGUAAUUUUUCAACAGAGCCACCAAGUGACAUGAGAGGCCAGGUGCCCCAACACCCUUCUGUACCAAUGGCUUAUAGCUUCGAGUCCAAACAAGCCAAAAACUUGAAAGACAUGGAGUAUGAUUUUUAUGUGAUAUAUUGUGCUGCUGACAAAGACUUUGUCAGUUUUCACUUCCUAACAACCUUAGAGAAUUCAAAAGAGUUGAAAGGUUGCAUAAAAGACAGAGACUUCACACCUGGUCAGUUGGUAUUGAACUGUGUGACAAAUGCAAUAAAAAAUAGCUCAAAAGUUAUUGCUGUUAUUUCACAUGCUUCAGUAAAGGAUUCUAAAUGGCUCUACGAGAUACACUUAGCACUAAAGGAAUAUAACAGUAGAGGCAGUGUAGCUCUGCAGUCCUCCAAGCUUCCCAGUUCUUAUGUUAUACCCAUCUUGUGUGAGAAUGAAGCUGGAGAAUUACCCAUAAUGCCAGAAGUCUUUGAAGUCUUCGCAGCUGCUAAGGUUCCUUUUGACAGAAAAGAUUGUAAUUGGGACAAAUUGGAAAAAGCUAUUCGAGAUGGUGAAUAAUUUGAUUUUAUUCUGGGAUUUAUUUAAUUGGAUAUGGGCUAUGGAACUUUAGCAGACACUAGAUAUUUAUUUACUCAUGGUCGUUCUCGACUCUUCCACUGUAACAAUAUAUCUUGACUCCAUUUGGUUGAAAACGGUUCCCUUUGUUGGUAUUUUGUUAAUUUUUCUUACAGUCUUCAGCACAGAGGUUUCUACAGGAGUUAAAUGUUACAUAUUAAUGUUCAUCCUGCCAUAUAGAAAUGUGUUCAUUAUCAAAUUAUUUUCCAUUAUUAAAUUAUUUUCAAUUUUUAGACAUCUCAUUCAAAUACACUGCAAAGAGCUGUGAUCAUUUGAAAAUUACUUACUGGGAUAUUGAGACAUAAAUACAGACCACACGUCCAAGUGAUGCAGUUUGAUACUGUGAUGCAAAUUAAUUUUUAUGUACAGACACAUCAGGAAAGAAAAGUAGGAAAACUGUCUUAUGAGGUAAUUUUUUGAAAGUUUCACGGGGUUUUUUUUUAUUUAAUUUUCACACAUAUGAGCAUUUUCAAGAUAUGACUUUGAACUUCCAUGGGCUUUAAGACCUUUGCCGGUCAUUUUUUCUGAUUAUUCAUGAUAUUUUUAUUUUAUAAAAAAUUGAUGGUGAUUAUGCUGUUCUGUUAUGUAAUAUUGCAUCAAAAUUGAGGAAAAUCUUAUUUUGGGCACUGCCAUCAUAGUGACCAUCAAAGAAAAAAAUUCUUUACUCUUGUAGGAAAGAAACACAGGCCUAAAAUUGAGCCUGAGUUGGGUAAGCAGUCUAAUUGGCUUCUUUUUCUGGGAGUUCUACAUUUUUGUAAAAUUUUUUUCUUUCACAUAUUGGCAUGUUCAGUAUUGGACUUAGUACUCUCUUGGGCAUGAAGCCCAGUGGUAAUCAAAUUUUCUAAGUAACCAUGUAAUUAAUAGCAAAUAACUAAAAAUUGGUGGUAAUUAUACCGUUAAUCAAUAUGUAAUAUUGCAUUAGAAU